CUGGGUGCCCCCCCAGGCGCUGUGGAGCUGUGGGAGCUGGAGGAGAACGAGACCCUCAUCGUCAACAAGUUCUGUAAAUACGAGCACGAUGACAUCGUGACGACGGUGGCCGUCCUGGCCGGCAGCACCCAGGCUGUCAGCGGCGGGGGGGGAUGCUGCGUGAAGGUCUGGGACCUGCCCCAGCAGACGGUGCUGCACUCCUACCGAGCUCACUCCAGUUCAGUGACGUGUGUGGCUUCCUGUCCUGGUAAGGACACUGUGUUCCUGUCCUGUGCUGAGGACAACAGAACUUUGCUCUGGGACACGAGGUGCCCCAAACCAGCUACUCGAAUCGUUUGCAGUGCCUGUAAUCACCUCCCUACCUCAGUCUUGUGGCAUCCACAGAAAAGUGACAUCUUUGCUUUGGGUGAUGAAAAUGGAACAGUUGCACUAGUAGACACAAAGAAUCCCGAUUCUGCCCUCAGCUCCGCCGUGCAUGUGCGAAGUAUCACGGGAUUUGCAUUUUCUUCACAUAGUUCCCCCUUACUGGCUUCAAUCAGUGAAGACUGUUCCGUAGCUGUUCUUGACUCAGACCUCACAGAGGUGUUCAGAAACCGUUCUCAUCGGGACUUUGUAAAAGGCUUAUCGUGGUCUCCUUCAGACGAUGCCUUGCUCACUACAGUUGGAUGGGAUCAUCAGGUUUUACAUCACACUGUCCCCAUACCAACUGGUGAAUCUUCUGGAGUCAACUGUGUAAAAGAAUAGUUGUACAAACUCACGGUCCAAAUUCCUUCCUGGCAUUACUUUGAUUCUGCUGAAGUCAAAGGUGUGUGUGGACGGGAGCGGGUAUGGUCUGUUGUCUGCCUUGAAGCUCGUGGCUAAAACCUUGUAGUAAUUUUGAAUUAGGCAUAAAGUAGUUACAAACCAAGCUCUACCCUCUCCUCUGGAUUUAGCUUCACCUAUGAUCAGAC